GCCACUGGGUCAAGCCAUCCGUACUCGAUCAUACAAACUUUCAUUGUGAAGCGAAUCGUUGUUCUUCCAUAUCUGGAGACACUUUCCAUCGAUAGAUGUGAUGGCCCUUCGUGCAGAUUUUCACACCGCCCAUUAAGAUUAGAGCCGAACUUCUCAUCUUGUUCCUCUGAUUUAACGAAAAGAUCAGCUCAUUGCUUUGAUAAAAGAUUCGAAUGGGAAGAUCCAAAGUCUGAAGAUGAAAUUGUCACUGUAAACUUUAUAUUGAAAGAUGGAAAACAAGUAACAGUUAAUGGAAAAAUUGGAGACAAUGUUAUGUAUCUUGCACAAAGACAUGGCAUUGACAUAGAAGGUGCUUGUGAAGCUUCUUUAGCCUGUACUACUUGCCAUGUUUAUGUUGAUGACAAUUAUUUAGAAAAGUUAACUCCUGCUGAAGAAAAGUAAGCAUAACUUUAAGUGAAGUUUUUGCAUUGCAUA